AUGCGAGCGUCCAGUCAUGUAUAUUCCUCUAACGUCGGUAUCACGAUGACACCACGCGCGCACGACGAGCUCCACACUGAGAUUUAUCAAGAGGUCUAUGCGCUAUUGGAGAGGAAGGAUGAGGAGGCUCUUCGAUUCGCGCCUGACGGGACGGCUGAGCAGGUAUUGCACGCAGACAAACUCCGGCGCUUCUUCCGUAGCCUGCUCGACCCCGACCACACGACCCCUGUCCAGUUCAAGGCCACGGAGGAUGAACUGAUUGCGAGGGUCAAAGAACGGCGACUUCAACCAUUCCUUGCAGUAGUAAUCAUCGCGGGAUGCUCCAUGACAACAGCGAGAACUGUCACCACCAAGCUCAUUGCCAACAAGCCACCAAGGAGUAGGCACGGAACUGUUAUUGGCUCGCUACCUAUCGACCAGGAAGUCCUUCGUGACAUCUUUAAUGGGAAUAAGGUCGAUACAGACAAAUUUCUGGGAAAGCAGGCGUAUUUCUGUCCGGUGGUAAUACGGAACAGACAGGAAACGAGAAUCGAGGAUACCAAUCACCGACGACUUCCCUACCUGGAGGAGCAAAGUCUACGGAAGGGGUCUUUUGGGCAUGUAUUCAGGGUGAAGAUAGCGAAAGGCCACUUCUACGACCCUGUUCGCAAGACCGUGAACCCAGAGCCCUUGGAAGUAGCGCGCAAAGACUACGAGCUGAGCAGCGAGUUCGACGCUGCGGGUGAGCGGGAAAUCAUGGAGCAAAUAUUUGCAAGUUCCGCUUCGAGCUGCCCUAACAUUUUGAACAAUAUGGGCAGUCUCGCGUUCGGCCCGGCGGUGUAUAGUCUCUUUAUGCCGCUGGCAAUCUGUGAUCUCCGCCAAUAUAUGAUGCAGCUGCAUCAAGCGCGCCUUAACAGCCCUGAGGAACGAAUGGAGAUUCUUCGCUGUGCCAUAGGCCUUGCUGGAGGGCUUCACUUCCUUCACCGCGAAAUGAGAACCCGGGAUAUGGCGCAUUUGGUCUGCUACCAUAUGGACCUGAAGCCGAGCAACAUUUUGAUUUUCAGGGAGACUGGUGGAAACGGUGAAAUUUGCAAUAUUUGGAAAAUAAGUGACUUUGGAAUGUCACGUAUGAAAAUCCGACGUUCUCAGGAACGAGUUGAAAAGGUGAAGGAUGUCAAUAGCUGGUUCAUCCGGCGGUCGGCCCCAGAGGAUCCGUCGACGGCACCAACGAAAAAUCGAAGAGCGGAAGGAACGUACCUGGCACCGGAGUCAGUUUCCCCGGAGCCCACGAUGAACACACAUAGUGAUGUGUGGUCUCUUGGAUGCGUUUUGAGCGUAGUCUUCACGCAUAUGGAAGACGGAAGCGAGGGCGUGAGAAACUACGCGGCACAACGACUGAGACAGGAUGAUGCUGUGGGAUAUGACAGAUUCUUUGUCCUGACUCGCGGCUUCAAGGCUGCAAAGUUGAACCCGGCGGUCAGAAAGACACACGCCUAUCUUGUCCAGAGAGCAAGCAGUAGGAGUCCCGAGGAAGGACAUCUGAUGAAGGCUGCGCUGGAAUUUCUUGAGAAUCAUGUUCUACAGAUAGACCAGCGAAGGCGAGAGGACGCAAAGAAACUCGAAUCUAUGCUGGAGGGCACUUUCAAAGAUUACAUGAAACUGCUGGCUGGUCCUAGUGUGGCGAAACCACUCCCGAAGCCGCGAGGUGAACGCAUCCGAGAGAAGGUCCUGGCAAGUAUAAGUCCAAAUCCCAAAGAGGCGGCACACGGCACAGCAGAGACGUGGUGUCUGUCUGAAGUUGAACCGUUCAAAGGCUGUCAAAUAUCCCCUGAUUGCUCAUUCGUCGCAUACUGGACAGACCGCAAAAUCUUACUUUACUCGAAACAUUCGAUCAACUCUGCCAACGCGCAUGAUAUAACCUCUGCUGCUCAGUAUACAAUAGACAAAGAGGCUUGCUUUUGGAACACCAUCCGCUUGACCGACAAGUAUCUGGCUGCCUCUACAACAAGCGCUACAUUUCAGUGUUAUCUUUUUGACCUGAGAGACAGUGGCCUCAAUAUUCUCCGCAUAAUUGACUUACCACAGCCUGCUAUCAGUAAACUGGCCAUAUCACCGAAAAGCCAUACACUGGCAUGCAUUGUGAGAUCAAGCGAUGAUGAUCGGAAGCCUGGAUCUUUGCUGAUUUUCCGUCUUUCCGAGUUCUUUCGAAGGGUAUUCAGGCUUGCUACACGCGCCAUCGGAGAAGUGGCCCAUAAGAGUGGCGUUCCUGAUGAAUUAGCGGACAUUUAUGGAGAUACUUGGUGGAAGUGCCCGCUAGAAUGGCCAGCCCGGAAUAUAGCGCGAAUGCUGUUCAGCACCGAAGAAGACGUGUACUUUGUAGUUCGGCCUGAGCUUACGGUUCGAAAAAGCAGGAAAAGAGUUUACGUCGUUCAUGUCAACAUAUCCACCAAGGAUCUGCAUUUCCUACCCAUCGAACCACUGGGGCUUGACAGCAGUACCACCGCCCGUCUAUUUACGACCUUCUCACCAUUUGUCGGAGAAGCUGCUACCUGUGCCGUUGUGACGCGAGAAAAACAGUUACAUAUACAUAAUCUGAUGGCCGAUGAUUCGGCAACUCCUAUUCGGAAAGAUUUCAAGAACUAUCGAAUCGUGAAGUUACUGAAAGGAUCCGAAGACAACAGAUUGUACGCGGUGGCCAGGCAAUUGGGAAACUAUAAAAUGAUGCUGGUGGAGAUGACAGUACCACGAUCGAACGAUGACGAAGUCCAGACCAGGGAGCUGGCGCAUCUGCCGGAUCUAGCGGACGACGACCAGUUCAUCGCAAGGCUGCUCAACGAGAAACAUGGCAAGAGUGUUUUGAUUGCAUCAGUGGUUGGGAGCGGCCAGCGCGCAAUCCAUAGAGUUGGUUUUGAGGGGCACCAGUAG